CUGUUAUAAAUCCGUAGUAGACAAUGUAUUUCGAUGUCUUCAAGUAUUGGUAACAUUGUCAUACUGAUGAUGUCCUCAAUUUGCUUGACCACCCACAUAAUGUCUGGCUUCAGAAUUUACUGCAACAUCAUUUAGAUCUGCACAAGCAUCUCAAAGGAUUUAUGUGACAAAUUUGAGAAACCCAACUGAGAACAAUCUUGUGGGCUGUGCAUAGAUUUGAGCAAGCAUGAUGAAUUCAAGCUGUGUUGCAGGUUGCCUGGAUGCACAGGUUCCAGUGAGAUUGAAUUUCAUAAGCUUGUAUAAAUGGCCAGAUUCUGAUGCAGAGUUUGUUAGGGUGUUAAGCAUGGACAGAGAGGACAGCUGCUCAAAGAAGAUCACAAGAGUCACAUCAACACAUGAGAGCUAUGCUUGCAGACAGAUGUUCUUGAGGAGCUACACAUUCUCUAGGAAGGAGACUGUCCCUCAAAAGACCAAAAACAGUUUGAAGAAGGCCAAGCAGAGAUUGAUCAAGGUGAAGAAGAAUUUCACUCCGAAGGGAAUUCUGUGUCUGUUGGGAAAACUCAGAGCCAAGUUUUUCAAGGUUUCUUGUGCUGUUCUGGCUGCUAUCUUCACUUGUCUGUUGGCUUGUACUACCAGUGUGGAUGUCAAGAACCAGCAGCUGCUCAAGCCAUGAAAUCACAUUGGUGUGAUCUCUUUAUGAGGAUGUUUGAGAGGUCUUAUGGGGAUGUUUCAGUCCUUAACUAUUAUGGGUAGUUUCUAGUCUUGACUGGUUAGUAUGGGUUUAUGAUGGUUGGGUUGGUUGGAUUAAGAGCAUUUUGCUUUCAGGUCCUGCAAGUAAGGGCUUGAUGAUUUUGGGUACCUAUCUGUGUAGGAGAUUUGCUGCUUGCAGAUGCCUCCUAUGGACAGAUAUGAAUUAGUGGGGAUGUUAGCUAGCUUCUUACCUAUGUAUUGUAAUGUACUUUUGGGUACCAUUAUUAAGGAUCUUAUCAAUAUGUUAUAAAAAUUUCUGAUCA